GGUGCCGCGCUCGACUGACAUUAUCAUACGCGUUCGUGUCGGUGAAGUGUCAGUGUCAAUGCCGAACAUAGGAUAGGAAAGUGGAUCAGAAUGUACCUGACCAACGUAGUCCUCUGUGUGCUAUUCAUAUCGUCUACUAUAGCAUUGCCGAAGGAAGUCCAAAAUGCUACAGCUAUUGAAAGUCAAGCCGCUUCUGUACAAGAAGUCUCCCAGCCUCCUAUGACAGUACAGAAUGCUUCUCCUCAAGACUACCUGUUACCUUCAUAUUACACUUUCAACAAGGGUGAGCCUUUUUAUGUAGAAAAGGAUCCCUUAACCGGAGCAAUAGAUUUUAACAAGAAGACAACACCUACAAGUGCAGACAAAGUUGAAUCGAACACGUCAUCUGGUAUACAAGAUGAAAAAGGUGCUCCAUCUGAUGACAAUGAGAGUGAUUAUUUUUACGAUGAUCAAGAAUUUGCAGAUGAUGGCAUAGACAGAAAAGAUGGAAGUAUUGAGGGACCCAACAUUUAUCGACCAAAUGAUAUACUUCAGAACCCUUACAAAAUAUCACCGGAUUUGCACCAAUUUCUCAACUUACCUGUUCAUUACAGUUCAGGUGACAAGUUCCCUCUGAUUUCAAGUUCUUAUGCAAAUACAAAAGUUCAAGGAACAGGCAGUGCUUCUAGCUAUAGUAAUCACAAAUAUGUAACAACAUCAACUCAAUCUCCCUCCUACUAUACAAUGCCAACAUCAAAGUACACAACUCCAAAAAUACAAUACCAGUCAACAACCAUUAGGUCUACGACUACACCAUCAACAACAAAACUAACCUCAACUACAACAGAAGCAGAAGAAGAGUAUGAGAACACUGAUUAUAAUGAAUAUGAGGGAGAAGAUUCAGACACACCACUCGACAAUCAAGCGGUUCCUAGUGAACAUCACACUUAUAAGCCUGACACGACACGAUAUACUGUAACCACUUACAGACCUACGACUUUCCGGUUCACCACUACUACAACAACUGCAAAGCCAAAAACAAGUUCUUUGAAACCAAUAACUGAAAAUUCAAAGCAACAAGUCAGCAUUGUGACUUCUUUACCUCUAGAUAUUUACUAUUCAACAUCUCAGAAAUAUUCUGAAGCCUCCUCAACAAUAUCAACAUCUACCACACCAUUGUCAACAUCUGUCUCAACUGCUACUGCCAAUUUAACAAAUGAUUUAAUCACAGUAGAAGAAGAAGCAGCUACAAAUCCACCAAGUCAAUCUCAGAAGUAUAACACAAGUCCAUCCUACAAUGUUCCUGGAGAAGGAUUCUACCAAGGAUUUGGAGAGGAACCUUUCAGGCCAAUUUUCGGCACAUCUGAUACAGCUUUCAAACAGGAAGCUAACAAUAAAAUUCAGUACAAUAAAAAUGAGUAUUUGAAACCAAAACCUGAGGAUUAUAAUGAAUUCCAAAGAUUGCCUGCACACCAAAACAUUCCCUACAUCCAAAAUCCAACACUACCUCCAGAAAUGGAACCACCAAAACCUGAUGCCCCUCAAUCAUUUUUUCCUGAUCAACCAAUAAAAUUAGUACCAGGACAACACACUUCAGUCACUUUCAGUGAUUCAUCACAGUCAAACAUAAUUACUAGACCAAUCAAAGACAGUGUCUACGAAAGACCACCUCCUCCACCUCCUUUCAUUAAAGAUGCCACUAUUACUACAGAAUAUAAACCACAGAAUCCUGCUAUUUCAACUAGACCUGAAAACCAUCCAGUUUACAAUGGAUGGCCGUCUGAAAGACCAAUAUCAAGUGUGAAACCAAGACCACCACAAGAAUUCCCAGUGAAGUCAAAUUUUAAAGUACCAAGUAAAAUUGAAAAUCACUUUAUAAAAGUCUCACCUGAUCAAGAGAAUCCUAGUUAUUCUCUUCAAACCUCAUUUUCAAUUGGAGUUCCAGCAUCGUCUUCACAAGAAGACAAUAAAGAUUCAUUAGACACACGUCCAAGUCAAGGAGUUGGACAAGUAUUCUUCCCUGACAACACUCCAGCAGAAAACAAUCCCCCUGAUGUAAGUUUACCAUCUCAGGUUCUGAGACCUCCAAACAAUCGUGUUCCCAUCCAAAGCUAUCAACCUAACAGGCCUGGUUUUAGACAACCAAUACAUAUUCAGGCACAUCCCCCACCUCCUUACAGAGUGCCAAAUGAAGAUCCACCACAUCAGUUUAGAGAAACUGACAACUAUCCACGUCCACACUGGGAAAAUCAUAAUAAGCCAUUUUAUAAUCCAAUUCAAAAUGCUAUUCCAAAGAAGGAUGUAGUUUUACCUCAGAAUUAUCCAGGACUCAAUAGAGGGAAACCAGAAAAUAUCCAACGGCCUGAUCUACCCAAUAUUUUGCCCCAGUUCAGACCAAAUGCUAAGUUAGGCCAUGUUGACUACCACCAGCCAUUUGGAAAUCCUGGGGAUAGAAUGAGAGAACCACUGGACACUCUCCAGCCACCACCACUUCCUCAACCACAACACCUGAGGAUCAAUAGAAACGAUGAUGAAUCUGAAAUAGAAAGAGAGAUUAGUUCAGCAGAGAUCAAAGUUGAUCCACUUGUACAUAGGAGAUCUGGUCCACAGCCAUCCAGAGUAACAACACUACAGAUGAUGCAAAAUAAUCCUCAGAGAAAAUCUGGAAUUCGUCCAGAGUUUCCACUUGAAAACAGACAGUCCAUUGACAAAGAAAAACCCGUUUUCUUGGUAUAUCCCAGUUCCCAUGGAAUGGCCCACAAAUCAACUCCAGAGGAAGUAGUUGUUAUUGGAACACGGGCUCAAAGACCAAUACCUCCUGCAAACCUAGAAAAAGAUGAUCUUGAUUCGUUCCCACUAGAUGAUAAUAAGCACUUUCCAAUUCCAGGCAGAGAUAGAGUAGACACACCAAUAUUAAAAACUAAACUUCCAAAUAAACCGCUGGUCAAAAACGAUUUCCCUUACCCGAUAGUUAAACCACUUAGCAACAAUAUACCAGAAGAAAGAAUACUGUCCGCGGGUUCUAUUACAAAAGAAUACACAGCUUUCAGCCCUACUCCAGCUAGUAGUACAGAAGAAAACAAAGAUCAUGAUUCUGAAAUAAAUCUGAUACCAUACCUUCAAGACUACAUGCCAUUUGCCACAAAAAAACCUCAGAAUCUGUUAAAACCAUUGUUAAACAUGAAAAAAGACACAAAAGUUCCACAAAAGCCAAUAAUGACAAACCAAGUUAUUUCAACAACUUUAAAUACUAGUUUGUCAUCAUCAACGAUAAAAACUUCCACUGAGAGAGCCGAAGAAAAGAAAACAGAAAAUCAUGAGAAAAAAGAUUCAGAAAUGACAGUUUCAGCCACAAUGUACACACAACAGAGACCAGCUAACCACAAAGUUCCGGUUACUUAUACACCAUCAGAACCACAACCGGUGGGUUUCCAAGCACCGUUCAUGGCCAGUCUAAGUGCCCCAGAGAGCCAAGGUUGGACCGUAGUUACUGACAAGAAUCUCAAGCCUGUAGACUUACUGGAGGAGUCAGCAAAUGUAGACACUGAAGACAGUAAGUUUGACAUUGAAAACUUCAAACCCCAACUAUUCGGUGGAUUCAAACCUAUUCUACCAUCUUCAGAAGAAGAUUCAAAAGGAGUUGUUGGUGAAAAAGACAAAGAUGUUUUACUCAACAAAGGUGACAGAGAAGAGAGAGCUGUAAAAAGUGCAUCUUUUACAGGCAAGAACAAAAAUAAUUAAAAACCUCAAUAAAAAUUCCAUUUUAACAUAUCCGCAAACUUUUUAAAGACAUCAUUAAUUUGUUCUUAAUUUUGAUAAAUUACUGUACCCAAAAAAAUACUUUCCGUAACAUAAAUAUUCAAAAAUGAAACUGUUAACAUUACACAUUAUUUUGAAAUAUAGCCAUAUCUUGAAAAAAGUGCUGUAAGAUAAAAAUACACUUUUUAUUAUUAGUGCUUACAUUGUUUUUCGUAAUAAUACUAUUAUCUUGUAUAUUAAUACAUUUACUUCUCUUAAAAUUGCUUGCAUAAUAAAAUAGCCCUAAAAUCAAUACUUUCCUCGUAAAUACAAUUUUUGCUUUUUAUUUAAAUAAGGUAUUAAUUUGUUUGCUGUCUGUUUGUUUACAGGUACUUUACAUAAAAUUUAAGACAUACUUACAUAACCAAUUAAGCUGUUUUAAAUACUAUAUAAGACAUCUUACCAGCAGAUAAAUAUAAUUAGUUGUCACUUGUGUAAAUAGUAAAAAUUGUGCUAUAGGUGCUUAAUUUAUUUAUUUAAUUAGUUAAUUACUUCAAGUAUAAGACUGCAUCAGGAAACUUUGUCAAAUAUUACUACAAUAUAUCAUACUACCCAUUAAUAAUAAUAUUAGUAGUAUAAUAGUGUAAUUCUGAAUCAAGCAAGUAUUGUCAUUGGUUUUAUUUUAAGUUGUAGGUUUUAAGUACUAAAAAUUAUGUAUUAUUGUAUGCUUUUUUAGCUCAGUUAAACCAAUUUGUAAUAUUUAGAUGUAGGUAAUUUAUUUAUUAUUUCAUUUAUUGUACAUACUCUAGAGGCGUUAACGCUAAGUAUUUAUUGUAAUAGAUUUUGUAAAAUAUUUAGUUUUAAAUCUUGCCAGUGUUGCUGUAUGUAGUCUAACAUUUAUUUAUUGUUUAUAGAGAAUACAAUAUUCCAAAUGAUAUUUUAAUUUUUCUAAGUGGAAAAAUGUGUAGUAGUAAUUCCUCUGUCAAUGGAGUAAUCCAGAAAAUGUAUUUUAAGCGACUGGGGUCUGUUCAUCUUGGACUAAUUACAAAGGUCAUUUGGAAUAUGUCUACUAUGCUAAGCACAUAAUGGUAUGGGCUACUUGUUAUAAGGGCAUGGGCAGCUGUGGGGCCCUUAAGGGAUCAUACUGAUACUAUAUAACUUGUGAAGACAGUUUAUCACGUGUACCUAGUCACCAUAUUGUAUUUCUAUAAGUUCCCUCCAUUCUGUGUUACUCAUGAGUCAAAUAAACUACUAUGUUGUUUAUGUAUUGGUUUUGAUUCUUUAUACGGAAUUAUAAAAUAAUUUUCUUGUGGA